AUGACUUCGAACUCUCCAAUAUCCUUGUCAAGCAUAAUGAAUCAUCAUACUGGGAACACUACCAGUGGUAGUAAACCCACUAGUAAUACCACAACCACAACCACAACCACCAAUGGUAAUACAACAAUCAAUAACCUAUCAAGUAGUCCUAUAUAUAACUACAUGCAAUCUCAACAACUGCAGCCACCACCACCACCACCACAACAACAGCAAGUACCACCGCCACCGCCACCGCCACAGCAACAAGCAUCAUCUCCCCCUCCACCUCCACAACAACAUAGUAACCAUAGGUAUUCUCCUUUACAAGACCCUCAACAACUAGAUUCUGUAUCUUCCAAUACUAUAUCUCAAGCUGUAGCAGCCGCAGCGAAGAAAGCACUCUUGUCGACUUCAUCACCAGAGGGGAUUCAAGUUGCAGCACAAAUUACACCAACAAGAUUGGCUAAUUUAUUAAUCAGAAAAGGUCCUUUACCAAUACGUCAUAUAACUGGUCAAUUAUCCUUGGAAGUCCCUUUGUUUGAAAUGUUGAGUUUAAGUAAACAAAGAAGAUUAAUUAUGGCUGCGAUGGAACAAACUGAUCCCGUUAAUAAUGUUGUUUUCGAGAAAAUUGGAUGGGGACAAUGGGCAGUGAGACAUGUUGAUUCGGAUUAUAUUGUAACCGAGGGAAGCGAAGGAGGUGGAAAUGGUGGUGGUAGUGGUGAUGGAGGAGGAGGAGGAGGAGAUGGUGGUGGUAACGGGAACAUCCUAACUGCAACAACACUGGAAACUGGAACAGGUGCAAAUGUAAAUGUAAAUGCAAAUGCAGGCGGCGCCGAAACUGGAGCUGGAAAUGCACGUCGCUCCAAGUCUAGUGGAGCAUUUGAUAAUGGAAUUGGAGUUGGUCUGAAAAAGAUGAUCAACAUUAAUGACCUUAGGAAUCAAACUAAUUUGAAAUUAGGAUGGCUGAAAAAGAAAAAGAAGAAGGAAGAAGAAGAGCUGCUGCAGCAACAACAACAGCAGCAGCAACAAGCAAUAGCGACUACAAAGAGAAGUGAAUUGGAUAGAUUUAGGAGAGAACUGAUAACUAAUCAAGUAAAAAAUUUACACAAUUUGAAAUUACCUAAUGAAAGUAUAGAUAAUGCUAUUGCUUCUGAUUCAGAUGAGGAUGCAGAAGAUGAAAGAGACGAAGAAGCAUCAAGCAGGUUAAGUGAACAAAUGGAUGAAGAUGAAAGAUUAAGUUUUUCAGCUGAAGACGACGACGACGACGACGAUGAUGAUGAUGAUGAUGACAAUGGGGAAGGGGAGGAGGAUGAGGAGGAUGAAGAAAUGUUUACAUUUGAUGAAACUAUUCAAAGUCAACCAAGUACCACCAGAGUUAGAAGAACAUCACCACCUAUUAAAUUUGCCAAUAGAGUGCCAUCAAAACUCAACUCCCCUCCGAUUCUGCUGUCGGUAUCCUCAUUUGAACUGAAGUCAAGAAGAAGAAAAUCAUCUUCAUCGUCAGUACCUAAUUCAGUGACAAAGCCAUCUACUAUGAGACAGUACUAUACCAAUGGAUACCACCACCAUAAUAACGGCAACAACAACAACAAGAAUAAUAAUAAUAGUAACAUCCACCUCCCACUGCUGCUGCAGGCUCAACAGCUUACUAGAUCUCGCUUAAAUUCGAUUGAGAAUUUGAACAAUUAUAUUGCAUCAUCGGGAAGAAACUCAAACGUACUGAUCAAACUGCCACCACCAAUUACAUAUAGUCAUCACAACAAUAAUGCUGGUGGUAUCACUACAGCCACUACUACAGCGGGUAGCGCGGCCUCUGCGUUGAGUAGCAGUUCACCGAUUGGAUCGUAUACUCAAGGACCUACCAUCAAUGCGGUAGGGAAUUACUAUAUUCACAAUGAGGAGAUUGCCAAAAUGAAUAGAAAUCGAAGAAAAUCGUCAUUCAACGAAUCUCAUGUGAGAUCUACUUUGAAUAAUAGUAGUAAACAACAAGCUAUUCAUAGUGGCAUUGGUAGUGGCGGUAAUAGUAAUAGUGUUUCUAGUGAUACUGAUGAAGAAGAUUGGGAAUCUAUUGGUCCGGAGUUUUUAAGACUGAAGACUAUAUUUAACAAUGCAGUGGGAAACAGAGUGAGCAAGUAUAGGGAUAUACUGAAAGAGGUAAAAGAUAUUGAAAAGCAACAAGGAGAAGGAGGAGGAGGAGGAGGAAUUGUAGGUGUCUUGAAGAAAGAGAGUGUAAUAGAGGGUAAACGAUUACAAGGCAAUGGUAUUGAUAUUACUACGCGUGCUGGUGCAGGCGCUGGUGCAACCGUAGGCGUAACUAACGAUGCCACAGAGAAGGGAAAAGAAGAAGAAGAAGAGAAGUCUGCUGCUUUUGCAUUGGUCAAUUUGAUGUCUGUUUGA